AUGGCUGACGAAGAUCAGCAAAGAGGUAACAAGGCUAAACGCCAUGGUAUGCUGAAGAUGUACUAUGGCAUUGAAGAGGACCAGAUUGGAGGAGCCUCCCUCGACCCAUGUGAUAUUAAUGGCGCACAUUUUAAAGCGGACACCUAUCUGGCUCGUCUCAUUAAAGAAAAGUCACUGACGGAGUUAAUGGAUGAGGAAUCCAAGACAUUGACACAGAUAAAAGCACUCGACAGUGACAUGCAAACUCUUGUUUAUGAGAACUAUAACAAAUUCAUAAGUGCAACAGAUACAAUCAGAAAGAUGAAAAAUGAUUUUAGGAAAAUGGAGGAUGAGAUGGACCACUUGGCAACAAACAUGUCUUCCAUUACCGAGUUCAGUGCUAACAUCAGCAGUACACUUCAGGACCGACGUCAACAAAUUACCAAAUUAUCUGGAGUACACUCCCUUCUCAAAAAACUUCAGUUCCUGUUCGAGUUACCUGCCAGGCUGAAGAAAUGCAUAGAAAUGCAGGCCUACAGUCAGGCAGUCAGGUAUUACAGUAAAGCCAAGAGAAUCCUACACCAGUACCAACACAUGCCGAGUUUCCAGGGAAUCAGCGAAGACUGUAACAAGAUCAUACAGGAACUCUGUCAACUCCUUCGCCAACAGUUCAAGAACAAUGAGUCCACUCCCAAACAACUGGCCGAGUGUGUAGAUCUGCUGUUACAGUUAGACGAGCCUGCAGAGGUUCUGUGUGAGGAAUUUCUCUCUCAUGCACGUCAGAAAAUAGACAAGGAGGAUUUAAUGGUGCUUGACCGACAGAUCCGCCUACAAUGUGGAGAGGAGUUGAAGAUAGAGGGGGAGAGUCCAGCUCAGGCCUAUCUUGGUGUCGCACCAAUGGAUAUACUGGAGUUUGUAGACUCUGGUUGUAACGGUUUCCUUAGUAACAUCUGCCUAGUGAUCGCGUUCUAUAACGACACGUUCCUCAACAAACACCAAGAGGAUGAUAAUACAGAUGCCAUGGCAUUAAAGAAAUUAGUUUUUUUUGUCAAUGAAUUGAUGGAGAAAUACUUCAACUACGUCAAAAAGAGGGUCCAACUAGAGAAGGAGACGGGUGACAACACGAUUCUGGUCCGAGCCCUUGACAGAUUCCACCGAAGGCUUCAGGCCAUGAACAAGCUUCUACCUGACACAGAUUUCUCCAGGGCAGGUACAGAAAUUGUUUCCAGAGCCGCCAAAGACAGAGUUGGACAUUACCUACAGACACUAAGACAGAAUUUUGCUGAUUGUCUGACAGAUAUCAGACAGAACCUAGCAGCCCCCCGAUUGGUUGGUAAACAAGACAGUUCCGCACAGCUCUCAGACCUUCUCCACUCAACACAAUCUACGAUACUGGAGCAAAUCAAGUCUGUCCUAGGGAACCUCCAGGCUUUCACAGCAUCUGACAUCACGUUUGCAAUGAAGCCGUAUUUCCGAGGUCCAUUCUGUACCCAUGAUGUGAGGGAGGGACUGAUUGUUGGAUUCCUUAACCACAUCAAUUCUGUGUGUGAGGAAUUUUGUGAAGGAACAGGUGACCGGGGAUCUGUGCCACCAGCGUUACUUCUCAUAUUGUCACGGUUGUGUCUCGACUUCGAGGGAUCUACCAUAUCCUACCUGUUGACCUUGACUGAGGAGCAGUUCCUAUUGGAGGAACACCCUAGUCACCCUUUGACCCCUGUAACUGACCUCUGUAACAAGGCCAAGGAUACAGCUCAGCGACUUCUCAAUCAUUACGUCAAGGUCCAGGGACUCUCCAUAUCACAGAUGCUGAGAAAGAGUGUCGAGACUAGGGAUUGGCUGAACACUAUUGAGCCGCGGAAUGUACGUGCAGUGAUGAAGAGAGUGAUCGAGGACAUCACAGCCAUUGACAUCCAAGUGGGUCAGUUAUACGAGGAGGGCUGUCGUAAGGAGCGGAGUAGUGACUCAAGUCGACGUACACAUCCCCACAGCUACAGCGUAUCACAGAACAAGAAACCUGGCCAGUGGAACUAUGCACCAAGCAUUGACAACAGUCUCAUGAGUAACAUCCAGAAGUUGUUCUCGGAGAAGAUUGAAAUCUUCAGCACGGUGGAGUUCUCGAAGGUGUCCGUCCUGACGGGGAUAGUGAAGAUCAGUCUCAAGACAUUCAUGGAGUGUGUUCGGUUGCGAACAUUUGGUCGCUAUGGGUUACAGCAGAUUCAAGUGGAUACAAAUUAUCUUCAGCUCUACCUCUGGAGAUUUGUGUCAGACGAAAAUUUGGUACAGGUGUUACUGGACGAGAUCGUGGGCAGUACCGUACACAGAUGUCUGGACGCAGUGUUGAUGGAGCAAAGUGUGAUUGAUCUCAUUUGUGAAAGAGGAUGAAUGCCGUAAAAUCUGUCAGAAAAGGAUGUUUGUGAUAUAUCUAACCAGCGAUACACUGUCAAGGAUGUGUGUGUAUGUUAGACCAGAGACGGAUGGAGCUCGCACCCAAACUUAACACUUGUGCAAUAAAUUCUUCUUCUGAUCAUUGAAAUAUUGCGACACUUUUCGGGAAACCAACUCAAUAAUGUGAUUACUAUUUCUGAUGGUAUUGAAAACAUUCCAACAAAACUAAUUACCAUAUCAAUACCAGUAAAUGUCAAUAUUUUGAUGAAAUUAAUGAAACAGAGUAGAAU